GCUUUCUCACCCAAAGCUCUCUCGCCUUUCUCUCUCCGCCAUUCCCUUUAUAAAUACUCCCUCCCAAAACCGCAUCUGACAAAUCCCGACAGACCAAACUCCUCCUCGUCGACCGGAAUCUGACGACCGUCCUCUAAUUCCUGUCAAAUUCUCGCCGUAUAACACAUGGUGGUGAAAAUGAUGAAAUGGUCGCCGUGGCCGCCGGCGACGGUGAAGCGGUUCGAGGUGAAGGUGAAGCUGCUGAAAUUGGAAGGGCUGGAAGGAGCUGUUGAUGAGAAAGGGAAGAAGAAGAAGAAGGUUGUGGUGGUGGAGAUGAGAUGGAAAGGGCCGAAAGUGGGUUUGGUUUCUUUGAGGAGGAGAGAGAGGCGAAACGUUUCAAAGGAGGGAAGGUUCGCUGCUGAAACGGACGUCGUGGAAUUCGGAGACGAGUUUGAGAAUGUCUGUGGGUUUUCUGCUACGCAGAAGGAGAAUUCCUUCAAUGCCUGGGACGUUUCCUUCUCGAUUCUAUACGGAGAGGGUGUUCUGGAACAGCAAGGAAGCAAGCUGGCGGCAAUAGGGACGGUUUCAUUGAACCUUGGGGAGUUGGCUUCUCAGAUGCAAAAGGGAGAAACGGAAUCUCAGCUACAAAGAAACCUGUCCUGCCCUUUACAGAUUGCUGGCGUUGCUAGCGAGGCUACUCUUUCCAUAUCCCUGAGCUUCGUCGAGAUCAGAAUGUCCCAAGACUCCCUUGAAACACUUCAGCAACCCAACAAUAACGGCAGCGACAACAACAACGACAUUGGCAGCAGCAACAACGACGGGGACGACAACAGCAAUAACAACAUGCCCGAGAGCUUCCUGCGAAGGAUGACGAGCUAUGUGUCGCCGUAUGGCCGAGUCAAGAAGAAGAAGAAGAAGACGACGAUGGUAGGCCCAGAUCAGCAACAGCCAGAAGAAUUAAGCGACAGCCGCCCCUCCGGCCGCUUUUCGGCUGGCGACACCACCGAUGAGUCGGUUGCUGCCUUUGACACAGACUCCCCUGACGACGAGGCAGAUCCUGCCCCGGUGGAGCAAUUGGGUUAUGGCUCGAUUGCUUCGGCAGCCACGGCUGCGGCGGACGGAUCGGCAGUUUAUUAUAGCCAUGGGAGUGGGAGUGAGGAAGUGGGUCUGGUGAGUCAGUCAGAAUCGUCGGUGAGCUCAGUGGCUCGGUCCGGGUUGCCUCCCAAGGGCGGCGGUUUACUGUCGUGGAAGAGACGUAGGCUUAGUUUCAGGACAGGGAGGAGAAAGGAAGAGCCCUUGCUCAAUAAGGCCAAUGGGGAAGAUGGGGGAGAUGACAUCGAUUUCGCCCGGCGGCAGCUCGGUUCUUCCUCGGAUGAGUCCAGGUCGUCAAGCAAGAGAGCAAAUGGGAAAGUGGUGGAAUCCGUCUUUGGAGGCGAAGAUUUUGCAAUUGGCAGCUGGGAAGAGAAGGAGCUGAUCAGCAGAGACAGCCAAUCGAAGCUCAAAGCCAGCGUCUUCUUCGCCUCAAUUGACCAGCGGAGCGAGAGUGCUGCAGGAGAGAGUGCUUGCACUGCACUUGUCGCGGUGAUUGCCAACUGGCUGCAGACAAACCAAGGCACCAUACCGACAAAAUCCGAGUUUGACAGCCUCAUCCGAGACGGCUCAUUAGAGUGGCGGAAGCUAUGUGACAACGAGACCUACCGAGACCGAUUCCCUGAUAAGCAUUUCGACCUGGAAACUGUGAUACAAGCUGAGAUCAGGCCCAUAUCAGUCUCUUCAGAGAAAUCCUUUGUUGGUUUCUUUGGCCCGGAGAACUUCGAAUUAUUGCAGGGUGCAAUGUCAUUCGAUAGCAUCUGGGAUGAGAUCAGUAGCAAUGUGGAGGAUGGUGGGCCCCAGGUCUAUAUCGUUAGCUGGAAUGACCAUUUCUUCGUAUUGAUGGUUGAUGCCGAUGCGUAUUAUAUCAUCGAUACUCUGGGGGAGCGGCUCUUUGAAGGGUGUAACCAGGCCUACAUUUUGCGGUUUGAUGACACCACAUUGAUGAGCAGAGUGCCGGAGAAUGCAGCUGAUGGUGGGAAGGAUGACGUUUGUAAAGAGGAAGCGAAGGAAACGGUGGGGUCCAUGGAAGAAAGUGGCAAUGUAGGCUCUGGCAGAGACGAUGAUCAGGUAAUUUGCAGUGGGAGAGAGUGUUGUAGGGAAUUUGUCAAGAGAUUUCUUGCUGCUAUCCCAUUGAGGGAGUUGGAGAUGGAAGUGAAGAAAGAGAUGGUGUCUGGUGUCUCUCUCCUAAAAAGGUUGCAGAUUGAUUUCCACUACACUGCAACGACUAACCUCUCACUGUCGUGUCCUUCUUCUGGGAUGACUGCGGUAAUUGUAGAAACUAACAAUGCUUAGUUAUUUAGUUGAUUGUUUCAGUGAUUUUGGAAGAUGGGUCACGGUUGUAAUAUUGAGAUUAGGAAUGAUGUGAUCAAUGAGAAAAUAAAAUAAAACAAUUGUUUUAUCAUAAA